AUGGAGUUUGACGAUGAGAUGCGCUACGCUGUAGCCCCUGGCUCAUCGCGGUCCAACAGCCGGCCGCCACGCAAUCAACCACCCCAGGAAUCUGUCCAACAGUUCUGGAAGCAGUUCAAUUCAAAGUAUCCUGGAAAGAUCAACACGAUCCUUCCAGACAACCUAUAUGCAAAGACAAGGGCCAAGCGUGUUCCAAGUGGCCCGAUCCACGGACACGAGGCUGCCAAAUCAUAUGAGCAAGCGCGGCGCGAGUGCAUCAAAUCCGUUGAUCGGAUUGUGAAGGAGUGCGAGCGCGUGAAUCAGAAAUACACCGAUCCACACUUUGACAUUGAAUUCGACUUGAAGUCAGGUCGGAGACAUUAUCUCGAUGGAUUGGACAACCCAAAUGAGGAGAUGAGGCCUCGGGGUGUCAAACGUGUUACGGAGAUCUUUGAUAACCCACAAUUCUUUGUCAAUGGACCGACAGCAUCGGAUGUGCGUCAAGGAUACGACGGUGAUUGCUGGCUCAUGGCUGCAUUGUGUACUAUGGGCAACAAAGAAGAGUUAAUCGAGAAGAUCUGCGUUGCGCGCAAUGAAGACGUGGGAAUUUAUGGAUUUGUCUUCCAUCGAGACGGCGAGUGGCAACAGUGCAUGGUUGAUGACAAGCUCUACCUUCGCGCUGCAGACUACGAUGAAUCAGUGGACGAGCGACCACUCUGGGACGAUAUCAAUCAUACGGAAGAGGAGUAUCAACGCGUUCUGCAAACGGGCUCCAGGGCCUUGUAUUUCGCGCAAUGCGUCGACGAGAAUGAAACAUGGCUGCCACUACUAGAGAAGGCGUUUGCCAAAGCCCAUGGCGACUAUUCCGCCAUCGAAGGUGGCUUUGUUGGCGAGGCGAUCGAGGAUCUCACUGGCGGAGUUACCUCUGAGAUCCUGUCCAGCAACAUUCUGAACAAAAAUCGAUUCUGGACUGAGGAGCUUAUGAAAGUGAACAAGGAGUUCCUGUUUGGCUGUGGUACCGGUUUGUUCUCCAACUGGCUAGACCCUCAUUACAGAGGACCCCCGAGAGAUCGCAAGGGCAUCUCAGAACAACAUUCAUAUUCAAUCAUGGAAGCUCGGGAAAUUGAUGGACAUCGUCUAUUGAGACUCAGAAACCCAUGGGGUCGGAAAGAGUGGCAUGGUGCCUGGGGUGAUGGAUCCAAGGAAUGGACACCAGAGUGGAUGGAGCGUCUAGGUCACAAGUUUGGUAACGAUGGCUUCUUUUGGAUCAACUAUCAAGACCUUCUGCGAAAAUACCAGCACCUGGACCGUACUCGCCUCUUUGGACCUGAGUGGAUCAUCGCCCAGCAAUGGACGACAUUAAAUGUUCCCUGGUCUGCGGACUACCACAGCACGAAGUUCAUGAUGGAUGUCACCCGAAGCGGUCCAGUUGUGAUUGUCUUGUCGCAGCUUGACACGCGGUACUUCAAGGGACUGGCAGGUGAAUACAGCUUCGUGCUGAAGUUCCGCCUGCAAAAGGAAGGCGAAGAAGAUUAUUUAGUGCGCAGCCACAGCAGCCACUUCAUGGGCCGAUCCGUGAAUGCGGAGAUCAAUCUUGACCCGGGUCACUACCACGUCCUCAUGAAAAUCACAGCUUUCCGUCACGAAAGUGUGGAGUCAACCGAAGACACCGUCCGCCGAGUCGCCUCUACCCGAAGAGAGAAGCUCGUGCAAGUCGGGCUUUCAUACGAUCUCGCACAUGCCAAGGGGCUGGUUGGGGAGACUGAGCAAGAAAAAUGCGAAAAUGAGAUGUUCAAGAGAGCGCAGCGUAAGAAGCUGCGUGAAGAGACCAAGAAAGAUAUGCAGAAAGAGUGGAUUCGUCAACGAAAGCUGUCUGCCCGACGAGAGCGCAUGGACGCUGCUCGCCCGGGCGAUUCCCCGUACACCCCAAGCAGCAGUACCUUUGGACGAGGCUCUGAGCGCGACAGCGUGCCUAGCCAGAUCCUUGCAGACGGACUUGUCCAGGAAUCACCAAUCGAUCUCACCAGUGUUCCGAGUGACAACAGUGAUAACCGAGUGCAGAAUGCAAGCGGUUCCGUGCCGACGAUCCACGUCAAUGGCGGCGAGGGACUCCACGCAGAGCACGCGAGCAACGGAUGGAAACGGGGUGUCGAGUCUCCGCGGCCUAGCUUGGACGCUCGUAUUGCCACUGAUGGGUUGAACGCCAGUGAUUUGGAAUUGUUGGAAGGAUUUGAGUUUGACAGCGACGUUGAUAUGCCUCCAGAGGAGUCGGAGGUCAAGGUCCAGCCCUCGAUGGAAGAAGAGGACUUGGCUGUUGACCCUUGGAAUGCUGUCUGUGUCGUUGGUCUGCGAGUCUACUCCAAGGAUCCAACAUUGAGCUUGCAGGUCAUCAGACCAGUGCUAGAGAAAACUCCUGAAGCUGCUCUUGAUCGGGAUGACCCUGCAGCGUCAGCUACUGCUCAUCAAAAGGAUUCGUACUCGUCGAAAAACUGA